UCUGUGGUCACAAGGGAAAGUGUUUUGAAACAAAGUGGGCGAAUUUAUAUAGAAGGCGCAGGAAAAUUAUCAAUUGUGUUAAUGUUUUUGUGAUUUAUUGUUGUUUUUCUUAAAAGUUGUUAUGCGUACGGAAGAAUUGUAAAAAUGCAUUUCUCUAUACCGGAUUUGCAGCAAUUUCACGAUGACAAUGGGAUCUCUUAUACGGGCUACAAUAUUUAUAUAGAUGGAUUUUUCCACUGCACUGCUCGAUAUAGACAGCUGCUUAGCCUGCAUGAGCAGUUGAAGGCUCAGAAUCCUUGUCUGAAGCUGCCGGAGUUUCCGCCGAAGAAGAUAUUCCUCACAAACUCUCUACUGGAGGAGCGAAGGAUCUUGUUAGAAAAGUACAUACAACUGGUGGGCCAAAACCCGGUGUUGGCAAAUUCAGAUCUUCUGAUCACAUUCCUAUUCUCAGCCCAACAAGAAACACAUGGAGUUCGAAUGCAUGAAGUUGACAUUGAAAUCUCACUUAUGAAUGGUUAUAGAAUACCACUCUCUGUAUCCUCUACAGAUGCUUCCAGCACAAUAUUAGAUAUUGCAUGUAAUUAUAUAAAUCUUCCAAAGGAGCUUGUCAAGUAUUUCUCCCUAUACCUUUUUAAUUGGAGUUGUGCUAAAGACGGCCAGCCAGCUUUAAAGAAGCUAGAAGAAUAUGAAUCGCCAUACAUAUCUCAGAAAUAUGUGCGACCAGAGGACAAAAUUGUUUUGAGGAAAAGCUAUUGGGAUCCAUGUUACGAUGUAGAUCUGAUGAUAGACAGAGUGUCCCUAGACCUCUUGUACCUGCAGAUAAUAGAAGACCUAGACUUGGGAUGGAUGACUGCUGAACCCGACACUAAGGACAUCCUGUCAUCUUAUGAGUCAAAGAAACAAAAGAGAGAGUACAUCGAACUGUCCCGAACACUCCGCCACUACGGCAGGAUACCCGCGGGGGAAGCGGUAACAGACUCGAGCAACGUGGCGGGGGGUGCACCAGGGGUCCCCAGUCGAGUGAGGGUGUCCCUCGCGUCCAAGGAGUUGACUCUCAUGACUGUCAACCAGCCGGUCCGGGAACAGCGGUACAAGGUCACCCGGAUGCGGUGCUGGAGGAUUACCACGCUUCAUUCAGUUGAACGAGCUCAAACGAACGGUCACGGGCCCUUGUUAGAGGACUCGAACAAAAACUUCGAGUUGUCGUUCGAGUAUCUGAUUAGUAAAGACAAUUUGAAAUGGAUAACCUUGCGGACUGAGCACGCUACGUUCAUCAGUGUCUGUUUACAGUCGAUAGUGGACGAGCUGAUGCGUCAGAAGAACGGCUCUGGCCCGGCGUCGCCCCGCGGCGGCAAGCGCGGCAGCCUCACCUACCUGCGACGCGACGGCUCCAGCCAACUGAUAACGCCUUCGUCUUCUAGCGACACUCUCAGCUCCACGAACGGUGAUUCAUACAACUCUGGAAGCUCAAGGGAAAUAUUCUCCGUUCAGAAACUGACUGAGAAAUUCGCGUCUGUCGCCUUCAAAUCCGGCAGAGAUUGCGUCGAGAACAACGCCUUCGAGGCAAUAGGUGACGAGGAGCUCUAAAGAUGCCAAUUUAAUUGUAAAGUCUCGAAUAAUCGAAUUGAACAACGGUCAGUGAUAACUGGGCGAAAUACCUAAUGACGAUUACGGCCAUUGAAGUUGGUAAGCUCGUAAAAAAUACUUAUUACACACUAAUAACAAAGAAAACAUAUCGAAGUUUAAAAAAAAAAACAUGCAUUUGGUUGGCCAGAAUGUCAGAAUGUGGCCUU